AUGGCUUUUGGGGUGGUGAUUUCUGAUGCUGAGGGAAAGAAAGCGGGAUGCUGUUACGGGUUUAGGCCGGGAGCAGUCUCGGUGAUGGAGGGGGAAGCUACUGCUGUGUUGGAAGGUGUUCGCCUCUGCACUGAGAAAGGCUUAUCGGACGUGAUUAUUGAAAUGGACUGCCAACGUCUCUACUGGAGUUUAGUGAACAAAAAAUCUGAUCCAUCUUAUCUGGGAACCACUCUUGACAUAAUUUGGUCUGCUGCCAUGGCGUUACAACGGUGUUCUUUCAGCUGGACGUCUAGAGAAGGGAAUGAAGAUGCCGAUUGCCUCGCCAAAUAUGCUUUAUGUAAUCGUUUAGCUCCUUCCUCUGUUGAGGUGUUUCCUUUUUUGUUGAACUCGUUUUCAAGCUAG